AUGAAUACAAGCAGAGAACGUGAUUUAUGUGUCACUCCUAAACUUAUUGCAGAUCUUCAUGAUUAUGUAUCUUUUCAUCGAAUGAAUGUAUUCCUCGGAGCCAUUUGUUUUGCACUCAAUAUUGUUCUUUUCGCAGUUUUUCUAUCGUCGCCAACACUACGGAAAAAACACAGAAACAGGAUUUUAAUGAUUCUUGGUUUGGCUGACACAUUCAAUACUCUCGCAAUUUUGUUUAUGGGAAAGAAUCGUGUCGAAUUGUACACAGAAGUCAUCCAAACUGAAGAACUUCCUAUAAGAACCGCCUGGCAAUGUGCUCUGGAACCAUGGCUCAUUUUGAGAGGAAUUGGAGACAUCUGGCCUCCAGUUGUGCAAAUGGUGAUUGGAAUACAAAGAGCUCUUGCAGUUUUUGCUCCAAUUUGGUUUCAUAAAAAUGGCAGGAAUAGAUCAAGUUUUCUGUUUGCAUCUACUCUUGUCAUCCUACUUCCGACUUUACUAAUUGGCUUUGUGAUUGCAUAUCGAAAAAGGAAUGUGAAGGUUCUUUAUUAUUGUGGUCGAAAAGCAGCGUUUGGAAAUGACUAUGCCACAUUUAUUUACAUUUGUAAUAUAUCCGGAUAUUUAUUCAGUUUUCUUAUUAAUUGUAUCACCAUGAUAAAAGCAUCAUCGACGAUAAACAAGCUUGUUCGCCGACAAAUCAUAAAUGUCCGAUACAGUCUAGUAAUUUCCUUUAUUUCAUUUGUUCUUGUCUCAAUUCCAAACGCAAUAUCAAUUUUAUCAGUUCACUUUGAAGAGGUUGUCAGCUUCAUCUCAAAACCAUCCACUUACUUCACUUGCGUCAACUCAGGCAUUAACAUCUUUGUCUACUUGUCGCUGAAUGCCGAGUUUCGGCAUCAGUUUAAGUAUUUAUUCUGCAACAAGAAACGGGUUGUCACUUAUGGAGAAGCUGAAAAAGCAUCGAAAGGAUCGAAGACAAGGCAUCAUGUUGAUUUAGUUGUUCAUUCUGUUCAUUCUUUGGCUUGAAAUUCAAACAUUUUGUGGUGAAAAUGAUUUUUAAAAAUAAAAAAUUUCU